AUGAUUGGCUCACUUAGAAACAAAUUUGAACAUUUCAAGGUUUCUGAAAAGGGAGGCCGACAAUUAUCUGCAACAUUACCGAAACUACUACCUGCAAAGGACCUCGAUAGGUCAACUAUCUACAAAUACCGUUACAAUUAUGGUGUGAACUUGGGAGCAUUGUUUGUUCUUGAACCAUGGAUUUUUUCUAAAGAAACAGUAUGCACGGUAGGUGGAAAAGAAUAUGAUAGUGAAUUUGAUGCUAUUUCUCAACAAUUGAAAAAGCAUUCUUCUGAAGAGGUUGCAAAAAUGUUGAGCGAUCAUUAUACGAAAUAUAUUAAUCGAAUUGACUGGGAAUGGCUAUCUAAAGAUGCCCAUAUUACAGCGUUACGUAUUCCAAUUGGAUAUUGGCAUGUGGAAGAUGGGAAACAUUUAGAUUCGCUACCCUUUGCCCCAUUAAGAAAGGUUUAUGAGUUAGCCAAACCCUGGGAAAAACUUGCCGAAUUAAUCAAUACGGCCAAGAAAAUGAGCAUUGGUGUAUUGAUAGAUUUGCAUGGCCUACCAGGAGGCGCCAAUUGUGACUCGCACAGUGGCUCAAAGAGUGGUGAAGCUAAGUUUUUCCACAAGGAAAAGUAUAUGACUAAAGUCUACAAAGAUAUUUUGCCAGCGAUUAUUAAGACGAUGACUCUGGAGAACGAAAAUGUCAUUGGCAUUCAAGUGGUUAAUGAGGCAUGUUUUGAUAAUAACCCCAAGGGCCAGAAAUUCUACUAUUCGGAGGCCAUUAAUACGAUUGAAGAGCUCCAACCAGGUUUACCUGUUGUAAUAUCCGAUGGCUGGUGGCCUCAACAAUGGGCAGACUGGGUUAAAGAAAAGGAUUUUGGUGAAAUAGUGGUCAUUGAUUCUCAUGUAUACCGCUGUUUUUCUGAUUCUGAUAAGUCGAAAGAUGCCAAUACUAUUAUUAAAGAUUUAGUGAAUACUGUGAAUUUUCCUCGUGAAGAUGCUGAUUAUACUGUUGGCGAAUUUUCUGGUGUUCUUGAUGGACAGACUUGGGAUAAAACCUCUAGCGAUAGGGACGCUACUGUUCAAAAAUACGUACAAGCUCAGGCAGAUGUAUUUUCUCAUGUUGCUAGUUGGGGUUGGUUUUUUUGGACUUUACAGUUUGAGUACGGUGAUGGAGGCGAAUGGGGUUUAGCUCCCAUGAUGCAGAAAGGAAAUUUACCAAAACGUCCUCAAGGCAAUGAUUUGCGAAUCGACAAGAAGAAAAUAGAUUCGAUAAUACAAGAGCACGAGACUUAUUGGAACGGUAAAGGUAAAAAUUUUGAACAUUGGAGAUUUGAGGAUGGUAUAAAGACAGCUGUUGAUGAUAUGAUUGCCUUUAGAAAAUUUGACAAUUCGUUGAUUGGUAGAUGGCAUUCUUGGAAAUCGCAAAGAAGAGCUGAAUACAUUUCUGCCAAAAAAGACAGUGAAUUUAUGUGGGAAUGGGACCAAGGGUACCAGCGUGGGUUAGACGAGUUUAAUAAAUAUUAA